AUGGGACAAGGUACUUCUAAAACUCCAUCCCCUACAACAGUGCAAUCCAAAGCAGAUGGAAGCAAUUUGGAACUGUUCACGAAGAGCCAAAUCAUAGAUUCGUUUUAUAAGACAUGUUUAUCUACUGUGGCGUCGUACUUUGAAAUCAAGAGCUUGCUAACCAAACUUAAUAUAGUUAAUCUAGAAGAUCAACCGAUAUCCCGUACUGAUCUUCUAGGUCUUUUCAAACUUCCUGAAGACGUAGAGAAUGAAGAGUACAGUGAAACACUAAAUUUUCUUUUCGAAUCAUUGAAAGUUCUAGGUAAAUCACCUUUCAUCGCCGAUUACAGACCAAGCGAUAGUAGUCCCAUAACUACAAACACAUUAAUAAUAUCUGCAUUCUUCCAUUCUCAUACUUUUGAAAAGGUUUUGCCCGACUAUGAUUAUUUAAAGUUGUUGUUUAUCUCUCUUUGCUUGGCCGAUAGUACAGCAAAGAAAGAUCCUGCUCUGGAAGCGAAUGAGAAAGUAACAAGGAACGUGGAAAAGAAAGCCUCUGCCAAUUUUACCGAAAUCCACAUUGAAGAUCCAUAUGUAUGUGAAGUGCAUGGUGAAGAUAAACAGAUUCAAUGGUUGACUGUCAAGAGUAUUCAAACAUUUGAUGAAAUUGACAUAACCAAGUUGAGAUUGAAAUGGAAAGAUCUAACUAACGUCAUAACAUUAUUGCUAUUUAUCCUUCUGAUGGCAAUAGGACCGAGGGAUGAUAAAGAUGUCAACCUUUAUUGGGCAGAAAGUGUAAAGUAUGCCAGUUCGAUGGUGAAAUAUCUAGACUUGGAUCAAUCAGCGGAUGUUACAUUCCCAGUAUUCAAAUCUGGGAUUGAAAGAGGCUUCCCCAAAUUUUUCCAAAGGGGGUUCCAGCUCUUUUUUUCAGGGUUGUUGGAUCAUCACAAAGUUAAAGCAGUCGAAGUGGAUAAAGAGCCAAAAGUGGAAACAGGAAUUAAAAAAUCUGGAGCUAAGUUUCCCAAAUUCAAACCAUCCAAAUUACUAUCCUAUUCAACAAUUGCUUUCCUCUCUUCGAUUUCACUAAAAUUAUCAAAUUCGAUGAUAUUUUCUCCUCAAAAUUUGGUUAAACUCUACUCAGGUUCAGAAGCAGGAUUCUCCAUAAGAUCGUUAGAACUGAAAAUCUUUAAGUGGCAGGCCCCAACUAUUUUCUUGGUUUCUGGAAAACGACUCAAGAACAAAACUAUCACCACAAAUAAAAGGUACCAGCAAUUUAAUGAUGAAUUUCCAAGAUAUUUCAGAUCUCAUCAGGAAGCUAAAAGACCAUGGCAGUCUGACAAUGACAAAAUUACGUAUGCAGUAGUUGUUAGCCAGCCAUGGAGAAUUUCGAAUAAGAAAAACUUUGGGGAUGAAAACUGCUUUAUAGUUUCCAUCGAACCACAUUUCGACGUGUAUCAAUCGCAGCACAACCCCGUUUUGAAAGGUCAACUGUGUUAUUUCAAUACCUUAGGAUUAGGUAUCGGGUUUGGAAAUGAUCAGCCUAUCAAUAAGAACGGAGUCAAAAAAUAUUUACCUGGAGAUGUAUCUUUGACUAUUGAAUCGAAUUUAGAAUUCGCUGUCUUCAGGCACACAGUUACGCCAUCCCUGUCCAAUUCCAGCCGGUAUUUCGAUAAAUCUAACCAAGCGCAAUUAAGUCAAGAAGAUUUUGAAGAUAGAUUUAUGAUUACUGAUUUGGAAGUUUGGGGUGUAGGCUCCAUGAAGGAAUUGGAAGAACAGAAAAGGCAAUGGGAAUGGGAAGCUAAACAGGCGGAAGCUAGACAGAGUGUAAAUAUAAACAGCUUGGGUGAAGAAAGAGCCUUUUUGGAAAUGGUGGGCCUAGUUGGAAACCGUGGAAGUGGUGGAUCCAUCUAA